AUGGCUUCAACAGACGAAGACCCCACCCAGUCGCUGGUAGCAGAAUUGGUAAAGCCCAUGCAGUCCCAGAGAUCUACCGGGACUCUCAGCAAGAUCGACUAUGAGUUUCUUGGUCCUUAUGAAGUGGUUAAGUGCUUGGAAAAUGAACGUUAUGAGAUUAAGAAGGUUGGAACAACCAUCAUAAUAAAGGCAGCUAAGGAACAGCUAAGAUCAUGGCCUGUACAGUGGUCCUCCAAUGUUGAUAUGGGAGAUAUACUUGAGUUUUUGGAGGCUGAGGAAGAACCAGAUUCGGCCUGUGGUGCAGAGGGCGUCGAGAACGUCGCAGCCGUCAGGAAGGCCGUGUAAGAAACGAAAAAUUUUGGCGAGCCGCUGCCGGUCACGAGGGGGUACUGCUGUGUAGUUGCUGCUCUGUGGUAGCUGAGGGAACG